AUGGCCAGCGACGAAGCGCCUGAGGCUCAAACACAGGAGCCGGAGGCUCCAGCACACGAUCCAUUCUCUGUCAAGAUCCUCACAGCUGUGCAGGUUCAUCGUAGCCUCAAUGGGCUGCGCCACAAUGAUCACUUGAGGUACCGUCAGUACUGCAGCCGCCGCCUCCGGCGGCUGUAUGUCCAGCUGCGCUUUAAGCAUGGGAAAGGGCGCUUCAAGCAGGCGACGUUCCCAGACAACUUCGACGAUCCAAAAUGGAUCUUUAUCCCGCUGGUGCAAUCAGAGCGGGCAUGGGCUUUCGCGGUACAGCUGAAAGCGGACAAUGCGGCAGCGGCGGUCUUCAAUGCACGUUGGCGGCAUCAUUCAGAACGCAAGUUAGCGAAAGCAUGCCAAUAUGCGCAGCAUUUGGAGGCGGUAUGUAAAGUGCAUUGUGACCAGCGCACGCAGUUGGAGGCAGAGGCUUACGCAGCUCUGAUGUCAGGAGCGUGGCUCGCCGAACGAGAGAACUGGGCCGAGGCCAAGACGAAAUUGGCACGGAGCAAGAAGCUUUUUGAACAUUUCCUCCUGGCUGCGGACCAGGCGGAAGGGUCCGCGUUCCGGACGUAUCUACAGGAGCUUGCCCCAAUGCUUCGGGAGUGCAGGUACAACCUUGGAGAGGCUGAGCAGGACGAGGAUGGGCUCGGAAAGGCUUCUGUCACUGACGGCACGAAGGGCCGAGACGGAGACCUCAUGUUCCGAACCCAUGCCGUUUCCAUUCCAUCCGACAAGAUCAGAUCCAAAGUGGUGAAGUGCAUGGAGAUGACGAAGGCAUUACAGGCUGAUGCCGACUCUCAGGAGACUCCUGGGGCAGUCUUCGCUGAAAAGUAUGGUGAGCUGUCCGUGGAGUACGGUGACGCUUUGAAGGAUGUCCACUCCGAAAUGAUUGCUGCUGGAGCUGACAGCGACACGGCAGAUUGGCGCAUCGUGGAGGCAUUCAUUCGGGAGGCCUCGUCUUGUGUAAGUGUCGAGCGAAACCUGAUUCUGCUAAGGAGCCACCUGGGGAAGUUGGAUGACAUUGAGGAUGUGAACACCAUUGAGUCGCGGCGCCAGUGCCGGCCGGAGGAGGGGAUGCGGUUCUGCGAGCUCGUGAAGGAAGAGCUGGCGGCUCUUUCCGAGUUGCCCGAGUCCUCCGAAGACUUGGAGGAAACCUUCGCCGUCUACAAGAAAGUCAUUCUCGACUAUCGCUGCCUCUACCUGGCCCUAUGUCAUGCUGCUUUGGGUAAGUUGCUAGAGGCCGCAGCUCUACUGGAGAUGCUCAUGACUCGCGUCGACGAGGCUCCGGGCAAAGAGCAGUCCGGUCUGCUACAGCGGCUUCAGGGCUUGUUUCAGCACAUACAACAGCAGCUGCCGUCGAGAGUUGCACGCUGGCGCUGCAGGAUUUUGAUCCAGCUGGCCAAGGCCAGCAAGAAGAAGAAGGAUGCCGAGGCUGAGGAAACGGCCGACCUGGUUCAGCCAAAGAACCCAAAGCAGGAUGUGUUGGCCACAUUCCCGCCCCGAUUUCGAGACAUUCCGUGCAAGCCCUUGCUGUUUGACUUGGCGUUCCCGUGCAUCGAGGCCCCCAACCUCGACGCGAUUCUCCCGAAGAAGCAAGAAGGCAAAGGCCGACAGGCCGUUGCUGCCGUGGCUGGAGCAUUGGGUGGCCUCGGCAGCAGGUUGGGCGGCUGGAUGGGCCGGAAGUGA